AUGGACAAUUCCAGGAAUGCUAGUCUUAAACCAGUGCAAGCGUCCAACCUCCCCGCCUUGAUUGUUGUCCAAAGCGUUUUUCUUACACUGAUAAUGAUAGUUAGCGCCGUAGCUAACAGCUUUAUAUGUCGCUGUAUUCUGGUUCACCGAUCUCUACGAACGAUUACGAACUCUUUUAUCUUUAAUCUCGCGGCUACAGAUUUCUUGUUAUCCGUGCUGUGUAUGCCUUUUGCUUUAGUGUCCGCCAUCACCGGCCGAUGGGUAUUUGGCGAGGUCAUGUGUAAGCUUACAGGGUUUCUGAUCUCAGUUCUGUGUAUUGCGUCUAUUCUAACUUUGGUUUUAGUAGCUAUCGAUCGAUAUCUGGCGAUAUGUCGUCCACUGAAAUACUGCAUCCUAGUCACGCACAGGAAAAGUGUAAUGAUGUUGGUAUAUGUUUGGCUUCAUGCUGCUGUAUGCUCCAUUCUGCCUGUCAUUGGCUGGGGACAGGGCUACAAAUUUGUUGUUGAAGAAUCAAUUUGCCGGCCGGAGUUCGGAAAACCUACAGCUGAUAACGGCUACACAAUAUUUUUAUUCAUAACUUGUUUUGUUGGGCCAUUUUCAAUAAUCGCAUUCACAUAUGUCUCCAUUCUGUUCACAGCCAGGAGACAAUUUCGCCGGGUUCAUCAAGCCAAAGUGACCCCGCCUAACCCGAUUAACAGCACGCAACCAAGCAGUUCCCAACUCAACGUUAUCACAGACUACCAUGGUGAAACCACCAUUGCUCAUACGCCAGAAAACACUAUUGUAGGAGAAGAAAUAACUUCUGCGACUAACACCUCACGUUUCAAGAAGUUAUAUACCUCAAGGAUCAUAAAGAACAGACGACGGCAAAAGGCGAGGGGUUUUAAAAUGCUUUGGUUAAUUGUGGCGGUUUUUCUAAUCUGUUGGAGCCCUUACUUUAUUUUCAUAUUCUAUAGCUCUAUUCAUCAACGUCGUUUCUCCAGAACAGUCAAGGUACCAGUCAUGCUCCUAACGUUUCUCAAUAGUGCCUUAAACCCAUUUUUAUACGGGUUUUUGAACGGAAAAUUUCGGUCAAGCUUGUGGGAGUCAAUUGGAGAGAAGUUUGCUUUCUGCAAGUGGAAACAAAACGAGACAAAAUCGAGAGUGCAUCAUAUUAAUUGAGGAUUUCUGUGGCUAUCGCCAGCAACUCCUUAAUGUAUAUCAGUUAAAACAUAGAAUCGAUGCCAUAAAUCAAUUGUUAUAAAUGAUGGAUGAAACAAGUGGAGGAAGCAAGGAAAUAUACGCGGUAUCAGUGUUCACGGAAACAAAAUGGAUACCUUAAUUGGUAUAGCUGGCCAAUUCUAUAAAACGCUGCCUGGCGCAUUUAAAAAAAACACACACACACACGCACACACACACACACACACACACACACACACUUACAAACACGACCCUUUAAUUUUGCUUUAAAAGCCAGAAGAAUCAGUCUUAGCAUGCAAAUUGACUCUUUUGUUAAAAUUGGUUCUUAUCUAUGUAAAAAUUAAAGACUAUUUUGACGGUAAAGAAAGCAGCUGAACUUGAGGGAAGUACUCCUAAAAUAAAAUAUGAUUCCGUUUUUGCAAUUCACGGGUCGAAAACAACCUGUAUGUUUACAUUAACACUAUGUGUUAACUGUAUCUAAAGUGAUACAUUUGACAUCGUAAUUCCAAAAAAACUUGCUGCUUGUUUUCAGUGCAAUAAACAGUCAUUCUAUUUUUUUUUUAUUUAAAUAAAAGCACAGAUUUAACUUGGUUCCACAUUUCGUUUCAAAUUGUUGGCUGUUGGCGUUGUAAAUUUUACCCGCGUACUCGUCAGGUCAAAUUGUACGAGUUUAUGUUUGUGCUAAAUAUUACUAAAAAGUAUGUUCUCCGCGGAGUUUCAUGUGUGAUAAGACCAAGAGUGAUUUCCCACCAACGUUGUGGUAGCGAUGACACCGAGCAUAUGCUGGUCGUGAGAGAAAACUAUGUGUUUGUUUCGUUCGGAUAAGCCGUUAUGUUUUAUAAGAGAGUUUUUGAAAGAUAUGGGAAAUGAUCUAUAGUCUUCGAAGUCUUGGUAUACGUCCUGCCAAUAAUUCACUCUGCUUUUGAUGGCCAAACUAAAAAGUUAAACGAAGGUUCUGCAAAUUCCGUUUGUUUAUUCAAUUUUGUCAUAUUAAAAGUAGGAAGACCAGAUGGCACAAGGAGUAGAUUAAUUAGGAACUUGUAAUACUGAAUUUUCUUCCUUUGCCGAAUCAUCCUUUACCGAGUGAAUGAGUCUCAGAUAUUUGAGACUGAAACAUUCUUUAAUACAUGUAAUUUUUAUUUGUCGAACUUUAUGUAUUGCUUCAAACUCCCAUCAAAUAAUCGUGCACAUUCAUGCAGAUCAACCUAAUACACUACCAAUAACAUUUCUUUUCUCAAAGGAGCCAGCGUAUAGCCAAGUAUAGCCAUGAUAGCAAAGCAGCAAAAAAGAUACGGCAAGCAUUUUAUUUAAACAAAAACACUUUGGGAUAACAUUAUUCACUCAAACGUAAGAGUUCUCUAGCCUCUUAAUUGUAAAGUAAAAGCAUCUUUGUAAAAAUAUCAUUACAGAAAUAUCUAAAAUAUCAUUACAGAAAUUUUCCUGUUAGAAGAGGUUUUACCGAUACUGUCGCACUUUCACUGGAAGCAUUCACCUUUUGUGUUUAAGCGGAGAGGCUGUUGUCAAAAAUUAAGUAUUAGUCCCGCUUCAUGAAACAAAAUCUCUGUUCCCACUAAGAAUGUGAUAAAUGCAAAAUGAAACACUUAGGAGUAUUUAUUUUUUUCGUUUACACCCACCCACAUAACACCCACUAGCUGAUGCAGGACUGACUGAUUUACAUAAAAGGGGAAUUCAUUGUUGUUCUCUGACUUCUCGGCAACAAAACAAGAGAAUAGCCAACCAUGCACCAGUGUCAGCCCGGCUUUACUGAUUUAUAAAGAUACCCUAAAUUUGAUACCCAAAAUGUAUAUCCUGUGGAUGGUUUUUGGCGUUAUUUCAAUUUUUUUUGUUAUUAUUUGCAUUUUUACCUACAACUUCAGAAAGGCUUUUUUUACGAUGUUGAGCUAAUAAUUCUACUGGACAUUUACUCUUAAACGUGUUCAAUAAACGAUAUUUUAGGGUUACAAAAGGAGCAACUUCUGUCAACAAUACAAGCUUGCUCAAAAGGCAAUUUUUGCUCCAGAAUGGAAUUUAGAAUACCACGUUUUCGCCUUUAGGCCUUUUAAAAGUUCUUCAUGUCAGCUAAUAAAAACUUGCGCCCCCAAAUGACCACGAGGUAAUUAUAUUUUUUGUGUUGCGGAAGAUGAAAGACAAACUCAGUACUAAAAAAUCACAACAAGUGUAUCUUUCUACACAAUAAAAGCUAAAUCUUAUAUCAAGCCCAAAGGCCAUCUAAAGAAUAGGGAAGCCCCACCGAAACGAAUUUUUCUUCCUGUAAAGCGCGCCAACGACUAAUGAACAAGCAAAACAAUACAUGCUAGGUAUUGUUUCGGAAAUUAUAAAUCAAAUAACUUCUGCUUUAACGGCGACCAUGCCCUUUACCUGUCUUGUUGUUUCUUCUCACGGGAAAUCACACAGACACUUAGUAACUAUCAAAACAACUCAUUUCCUCAAUUUUUGUUUUUACGAGUUGAAGUCAACUUUACUUUAGCAAAAUCCCUUCCCUUAAUUUUUUAUUUCUUAAUUAGUUUCUAAAUACGAACCAGUCCAGAAAACGUGACUAGGCAGUCAGCUGGCGAUACUAAAAUGCUUUAUUUUCUUUUCAUUCCAAAUUGAUUUAUCAUUUCUGUACAGGUCCGCGUCAACGGAAACUUGGUUCUUGCUGAGGAAGCUUGAUCUAACAAACGCGUACCAAUGAAAACUUUAGAAUGCAGAAAAAUUGGCACAAUGUAAGGAAGUAUUCUAAGACACAAGCACUGAAUUUUAGGAUUUUAAAUCAGAGCAGAAAAGUCUCUCUCAGCAUGGUCAGCACCAUUUUUUUCUUCAUAUUUAUUUUUUAUAGCAUGCAGAAGCACAAACAGUAAAAACAAAAAAAAAUGCCCACGUUGGUUUUACUUAAGGUUGUUUGCACUUUAGUUCCUCAGGGUACCCUGUUGGGGCAUGUCCGUGUACCAAGGGUCACGAAGGUAGCCUUAGAGCGUGCAUAAGCUCUAGAAAUCGCUAGUUUUAGCAUUCACAUUGCAAUAUUUAGAAAUCUGCUUGAAAUAAAAUAUCCCGAUUAUGAAAUGAUGUAGAGUUAUAAAAAUGGUCCAAAAAUCACGGUACAAGAGUUUGUAACAAAACUUUUCCGUAUUCUUAUUCCGGAGUACGAUCAAUCGAACAAACCCUAAAUCAUACAGUUCACCAGGGCUCCGUUUUUUUUUUUUUUUUUUCAUUUUCUGAGGGAAAGGCUGUGGUGGAAAGGUUGACAGUUCACAAGGUUUACCACUCUCGUCCCCAGAGCCUCCUAGGGGCCUGAGCAUCAGGACUAGGAGGCUCUGGGGACACAGGAUUUGAAGUCCUAGAUUUUAGGACUUCCGGUCAUUUCUGAUUUUCUACAACGUUUCUAAUAGCGUUCACUUGCUCUUGCAGAAGUGUCAAUGACUGUUAAUUAGGUUCAUUCCGGGUACUUCAAGCUACUACAGUUGAUGAAGAACAAACUAAUUAGAUGUGCAUCCAUUGAAUUAUUACUAAAUUCAAAAUUUGCCUUUAAAGUAUUCGGUUUCACAAUUUUAAAAUCAUCUCUGAUACGAAAAAAGUGUAUUUUAUUACGCUCUGUUCCCACACUGACAAAAAAAGAUCUGGAGCCAUAUGAGAUCAAUUCAAGCCAAAAAAGCUCAAUCUAAAGGCUAUUCCAGCCCACUCUGGGGCCCAUUUCAGCCCUUGGGUCCAAAUCAGCCCUAGCUAAUUGGACUGUAUUGGCCCUGAUUAAAGGGAGCCAAAUUAGACUCAAAAAUAGGACUGUAUUUUACUCACCGAAACUGCCCCAUUUUUAGGGCUAAAAUAGAUCUUUCCGAUUUUACAGUGUGUAAAUAACAUACGGAAGGCGCAAACGCAUACUGUGCAGCCAAUUCUAUAGCCUGCCUGGCAGGCGUUCGAAAGCGAAGGGGAAGGGAAUUGACAAAACCUGAGUUAUUUGGAAGUAACACAUUAACACCUGUAAUGUUCAAAGUCUGAAUACAUCGUUUGUAAGUAUCGACUCGGUUUUUUAAAUUGUUAACAAGACAAAAGUUGCCAGCGGCCGGACCAUUUUGUUUAUUGUAUAGAGUAAAAUUUUGUGUUAUUACGAAACCGAUAGUGUUGUUGUUGGCUCUCCUGAUUGGUCAGCGUAAAUGAAGACUUAUUUUUCUGACUUAAUUCCUAUUCAUAUAUAUCAUUAAUAAUAAAACAUAAAUCAACAAAAUGCAAAUAGAGUGAAUUUUACGACUGUGUCUCCUUCUCACAUGUGACAGUCUGAUCUUCCAAGUUUCAAGCAAAUCAAAACGCUAACGAUGAACGAGGAGAAAAUUCCUCUAGUACAGGUAUUCUUAUUCUUCCUUUAGCGCGCAUACCGGGUUAUAAGAAUUUCCAUAUUUAGAAGCGACGAAACCCUAUUUCAAUUUCUUUUCUUCUUCGUGCAGGUUCACAAAUUUGGUGAAUAUUCUGGGAUUUAAUAAGCCUUGCUUUGAUUUUAUUUCUUUUCAACUAAGAUUGUUUGUAUAUAAAUAGCCGAGAACUUAAAACACGUACAGGCAAGAUAAUUUUCAGUUCUACAGAAAUCAAAUAUUUUCACUGCACAAUGAUGGCUUUGAGAGCAGACGCUUGAAUUUUAAAUUUAAUUACAGACAAAAUUAGCUCGAACGUUUUCUGAUUAUUUCACAAUUUAUUACGUUUCCUUGCAUGAAAAACGUAGAGUUUUUUUUUAAAAGGGAACCAUCGAUGUAGUUCUAAGAAAGUUUUAAACUCAGCAGAGGUGUGUGAUUUUACUUCAAAAUCACCUGUCGCUCGCAGCAAUGUAUCCUUAAUUGACAUAUGUUCAGCAUUACUUUAGAAAACGGAAAAAAAAAUUACUACAUUGUUUGGAGUCGAAGCAACCGUUGAAACCUUCAGCUCAAAGAGAUCAAGCUUUUCUUUUUCAUUUCAUACUCGGCUCGGAAUUCUUAACAGAAUUAAAACACUUUUUUAAGACCAAUAGACAAGGCCAAGAGCCAUAUUUAUGUCUCCUGACGAGACUGAAAUAACAGGUUUGGUAUUGAAGAGACUGGUACGAGUCAAAUCAGGUACCUUAUUCACCGCUGACCUUCAGCGAGUGUGUAUAAUCAUGACUGCCUUCGCAUAGAACUAUUUUAAAAGCAUAAUUGAUGCUCAAAAUUGUUCACCCUACUAGGACAUAAAAAACCAUUUAAUCGGUAAUCUAGGAAAUCCGGGUUUACGAUUGGUCUUAUAUUGGCUGGCUUGUUGUGGAGAGUAAUACAGCUCAAUGUCGCACUUGCGCCGAAAAGAACAACAUAGCAAACAGCAAAGACAUCAUAAAGGUUGGCUUUCUUAAGAAGGGAGAGUGAAGAAGAAAGCGAGUGUGAAAUAUGGCGAAAGGGAAAAAAGAGAAUCAAUUAACAGAAGUAAUCUCGAAUCACUGAAUCGUUAUGUCUGACAUGCGCGAUAGAUACCUCUCGCAUUUUGCGUAACAAAAGGAAAAAGUAGAGCCAACAAAUAUUUUAUUAAGAAAGUACUGUAAGGUAUGAAUGUGUAUGCCAAAUUACCAUGCCAACACACGCUGCUUAUUCAAUUCAACUUGCGAAAUUGACAAUCAGAAUUUGCAGGUCUUGGAAAUGCACUUACAGGUAUGACACUCCUUUCUUAUUUCUAGUAACGCCACUUCAAAAUAUAUCUCGCCCUUACAAGAAAAACACCUAAGAGAAAAGCCUUUCGGUUAAGCAACCACAAGUUCAUGAUCGAGAUUGGCAGAUACAACCAAAUAAUUAGAUUCGAUAGUUUUUGCCCUGCUUGUAGAUGUAAUCAAAUCGAAGACGAAAUUCAUUUUCUGUUUUACUGCUCCGAAUACCCUAAAUGAGAGAGAAAUUUUAUAGUAAGCACAGUCUCUCAUCGCAGUAUUAAGUAAUUAUCGGUUGACGAAUUGAUUAUGACAUCUUUUGAAAUCUGCUUCGUAUCUUAUUAACAAAGAAUUAAUUUAAUUCAUAGCAUCUUGUUUUAAACUUCGGAAAAAAUUGUUAUCAACGUAGUUUUCAAUCGUUAUCUUAGUUUGUUGUACGAUUUUGGAAUACUUUUAAGUUAACGGUCUUGCAAAUAAAGCUUAUUAUUGUUGCUGUUGUAGUCUGACAAGAAAGAAACUCAGUACUAUAACGUAUAACCCGAUAUACAGUACUAUAGUUAAAGUAGCAUAAACUGAUAUACAUUACCGUCCAAAGUUUCGCUUAGACAGAAGAAAUGAAAGUUAGUUCUGUCUAACCAAAACAUUGAGCAAUUUAAGUUCCUUUUUCAGCUUUCUGAUCAGCGUUAUACACUAUGCCCAACUUUACUCUCAUUUGCAUGUCGAGUCGACAGAGCGUGGAAAUCGCUUGGAUAAAAAAAUGUCCAAAGCACCAUGAGCCGAAAAAAUCGGAUGCUCUUGCAGGCUACCAUGAGUCAUGUUUGAAGAAAUCUUGCCAGUGAAAACCUUAAAGCAGUUACUUACGCAUGUUUCAGGUCAGGCCUCAGAUUUUCAAAAGAUAGAUACACAGCACUAUGUAUAAGUUACUGACAUAACUACGUUAUGAACAACUGGAGGCCAGGAAUAUAACUGAUAUCUUUUGUAUUUAUACAGCUUCAAGCUUUGCAUGAUGAGCCUAAUCCGCCACCGAUCAAAGAUAGUCAAGGACAAGCCUCUCCCAUCGGGGAAACAGAUGAAAACGCUCGUCUCGUUGGCGAAAAUGAGGAGAAAUCUUAUAGCUCCUCAAGUGGUGGUUUAAAUACUCCUUCUUCAGAAGAAUCUAUUGAAGAGAAAAGAAAAUAUCUUAAUAAUACAACCACGUGAGUUCUUUUUUUAAAACAAAAGACACAAAAAGCGCAAGCUACACAUAUCAUCUGCGAGUGCGCGAACCGGCCGAACUGGUUCAUUCUCGUUACCAGAGCCUCGAGUUUUUUCAGCCUGAACAUAAACUGUUAUCAUAUGAAAUAGAGAAGCGGGGGGCUCUGGCCCCAAUUGUUCAAACCCUGCUUAGCGCUAUCUGUUGGAUAAAUCACUAUCCAGCGGAUACGUGUUAGGAACACCAAUUGUGUUGUCCACUGGACUGGAUAGAUAUUAAUCCAGUGCAUAGCGUUAUCCACCUUUUCAACAACUGGGGCCAGGAGUUGAUAAAAGACCUGUCUGAGUACUCUGCGCAUGCCCUUUGCGCUUGUAAUGGCUACAGACGUGUGUAGCGUGUCUUUAUUGUUGGCUUCUACACUCAUUUGGAUCACUAACAGUGGAUUCUUUUUAGGUCCAGCAACUGCCCUUUUAAAAUCCAGUAGCCUGGGAACGGACAGACUGUUUUAUAGAUCAAAACUUCCUUAUUAAUUGUUGUUUUUCUAUACAGCAAUAUGGAGGCCCUGGCUCAUCUAUUAAGAGGAAGCAUCGGGUCGGGAAUGCUGGGAUUGCCCGAAGCCGUAAGGCACGCUGGGAUUGUCGUAAGUUUGCUUGUCCAGUUUUAGGGGCCAAUUGUUUAUGCAAGCCUUAGACGGUCUUUUUCAACGAAACCGAAGUAAACAAUGUCAUUGUAUAUUCAGACUUAUCAUUAAACUUCUAUCAUACAGUCAAAUUUUCAAAAUGUCUCAUAGCUCUGGUACCCUGUCUUAUAACUAGAGAACAACACAUACUCUUCUAAACUUAACUUAAAGGUAUACUCAGGGUAUGUCUACACUCUUGCACGAGCACGAAAACCAUGUCUUUUUGAUAAGAACUGCAAUUUAGGCGCGGUAUCCUGUGACGGAGCGAAGCUACGCCGCGCCCGCGGUGGAUUGUCACAUAUCGGAUAUUUUGAAGUAACACUCUUUAGAUCAAUUAAAGUUUCUGGGAAACUGCCCACCUACCCCUCCCCUAAUCCGACAUUUUGCCCUAAGUAAGAAGUAAGUGUUAAUGUUGACUUAGGGGAGGGGUAGGUGGGCAGUUUCCCAGAAACCUUAAUUGAUGUUAACACUCUUUGUGGCAGUGUAAAUAGGUACUUGAAACGUAGCAGAAACGAAUGAGUAGGAAAGAGGACUGGAACCAACUAAGACGGAAGUAAAUAUUCAUGAUUGAGGAUUGGGACUUAAUGUACCAAUCCCUCUCGGCCAUAACCUUAAUAUGAAUAUAUCUUUCAGGUUGGUCCCCUGGGGAUGUUGCUUGUUGCUGCGGUUACGGUUCACUGCAUGCAUCUUUUGGUUUAUUGUAGUAGUGUCUUCUGUCGAAGGUAAGCUAGAUGAUGAUGAUGAUGAUCUUUGUCCAAGUUACAGUCGCAAUCAUACCCUUUGUAUUCAGUAUCUUUCCUCUUUGGUUCGUUCAAUACAUAGCCGUACCGUAGCGUCCUUCUUAAAUCUACAUUUUAUAAGAGAAGAACUAUAUAACUGGAGUGACGAAGCCCAAAAACCACUUUAUGGUGAUAUAUAUCUAGCCGGAUUUUUGAAAACGUUAUUUGUUAUUGCCAAAUAGACUUCUUCGUCCAACAGUUUUUUUUCGUACAAAAACUAUCUCCAAAGUAGCAUUAUAAAAACUAAGAGUGCAACCAUUGCUUUUUUCUCGUCUCCUCCUUUCUCCCUCCCCGCUUUUUCUUUUUCUCCUUUCCUUUUCCUUCAUUGGUGUGAUUUUGGAGCUUAUGGAGCUUAAAAAACCUACGGCUUUUCACUCAAAUGACUGUAGAUUUCGUUAGGCUGGUUUUCAAAAAAUCGGGUAGAUAUAUAUAUUCUGCCUUAAGUUUUAUCCGUGAUAGUAAUUUCAUGAGCAGCUUCAAAUGGCUUGGCAGCUCAGUUGGUUAGAGUGCUGCCCCCUCCCCCCGUAUCUCGAGGUAUCGUAGAGGUAAGAGUUCGAAUCUCGGCAAUCCUGAAUUUUUUUAAGCUUUCUUUUCGCAACUGCAGAAGUCGCGUCUUUUACGGCUAUUUCAUCAUGACGCGGCUCUAAAAUAUGAGAUUCAUAUUUUCAUCAUAUGUUGUUUCUCCACCUCCCUUUUGUUGCUUUUUUGUUGUAGAACUGGAGAGGCGGCUUUGGGUUAUGGAGAGGUUGCAGAGGAAUGUCUGAGGCGUUACUGGCCAAAAAGAGCUUAUGUUGGAAGGUAAGGUAACAACUUUACCAUUUAUUCCCCUCCCCCUCCCCCCUACCCCCCCCCAAAAAAGAGGCUCAAAUUCCAUCGAAUAGAUUACGUAACAGUUAGUAGCAACAGCCACAGCACGGUCAGGUUGUAAGGAAGCUGAGCAUCUCCUCUGACCACUGGAUAAAUUUGCUCCAAUGGGUAUUUUCGUUUCAUCCUCGGAGAUCAAGGGAAAGUCUAAUCGGGCAGGAAAAAAUGGCGCCAAGUAAAGUUCUUUAAUUUUCCUCGCGCUAUUUUUUUCCCCGCCCGAUGUUUUUAUUUAUUUUCUCAUUCUUUUAAACAGGCUGUUGUCGUAGACAUUGUUUAAAGACUAAGCACUAAAUUCCAGAAGCUUUUCUCAGAAUGAAAGGGCUGAAUUCACCCAAGGCCUCGAAGGUUUAUAUCACCCGCCCGUGAUAUAAAAUGACGGCUAUUUUCUAUCAUCUACACCUUGAUUGAUCACCUUUUGUUGAACUAUUGUAAAGAGAAUGAUAAGACGAUUUUAACAUUUUUCAGACUGAUCGUGAACAUUUUUCUGUGUAUAUCACAACUGGGAAUUGCCUGUGUAUAUUUUGUAUUUAUCGGCGAUAAUCUUAGACAGGUAAGAGCGCUAAGCGAGGUUUUAUUUGCCUUUGAAAUUUUUUUAACAGUAUGCAACCGUAACUGCAACAACUGUCAUUCUCAUUUCCAUCAUAUCGCCAUCAGUAUCAGCAGCAGCGAUUUAGCGAGCAAGAGUGGCGCAGUGUUGUGCCAUGCCUGGCUCCUGCUGCGCUCAAGUCCCGGUGUCGACGCCAUAUGAGGGUUGAGUUUGUUGUUGGUUCUCUUCCUUCUCUCUAGCUACUCCGGUUUUCUCCUCUCCUAAAAACCAACACCUUCAAAUUGAAAUUUGAUCUGGAACGCACGGACACGGGUGAAAAAAAAAAUACAAUUACAGAAACAGUAGCAGCACUAGAGGCAUAAUGAUCCGACAACAUCGUCAUCAUCGUUAGUAUCAUACAUAUUUAUCGCCAUAUCGUUAUCACCGUCACCUUAUAUUACUUGAUUGUCCUUAUUGUUAUCAUCAACCUUUUAACCUUUUAAACCCUAAUAUCAAAAUUCAAAUUCUCUUUUGUUAUCUCUAUGCGUUUUCAAUAGCAGUAGUGGGGAGAAUUUGUUGAAGUAUCAAUGAGAUUCAUCUUGUGUGAUCAUGUCCUUAAUUGUCAUGACCACUCUGUUUUAUAAAGCAGUGAUAUUACAAGGAGAAAUUUGACGUUGAUCACUCUUAGGGCUUAAAGGGUUAAUACCUCGUCAUCACUAUUAACAUAACCUUUUCGUAUUCUUGAAGUUAGUGAUUGCCAUCACCAACUCCAUCAGUGAUUACGCUUUACGAAGCCUUCCCUCCACCCCUCCCACCGUUCAUUUGAUAUAAACCUCCUAGUUCCUCUUCUUCUACGUUUCAGGUAUCCAACGCUCUGGACACUACAACUUGGAUCGCAAUAAUUCUUCUUCCAAUAAUCCUGUUGUCCUUCAUCCGGGAUCUUCGUACCCUAGUCCCAUUCUCCAUCGUAGCAAACAUCCUCUGUCUUGUAGCUCUUGUUAUUAUAUUUCAGUAUAUCGUAACAAACAUUCAUGACGUUGACAGGCUGCCUGCCUUUAGUGGGUGGAUGAACUUACCCGUCUUCUUUGCAAUGGCUGUAUAUGCCUUUGAGGGAAUUGCAGUGGUAUGUAUGAUGUAUUUGGCAUUUGAAUUUUUGCCUAGGUCCGAUGUAUCCGUGUUUUCGUUACCAUGUUUCUACCAAUAGAGUAACUCAAUGAUUCGAUGUAUCAACCUCACCGCGCAGCUCUUAAAUCCCUUGAUUCGGUUCUUUGAAUCUUUUCACGGUGGAAAACUCAUUUAUUUGGCUUUAUCGUGUCAGUUAAUAAAGCCAAAUGACAAACAGGAAAACCAGUGGCGGAUCCAGGGGAGGGGCCCGGGGGGCCCCGGCCCCGGCCCCGGCCCCGGCCCCCCUCCCCCUUUUUUAGACCAAACUGAGGCCCGAAGGGCCGCAAAUUUUUUUUUUGGAAAAAAACAAAAACCUUUACUGACUCUGUGAGUGAAAGAGUUAAUUGUAUGCAUGUCAUUGAUAGGUUUUGCCGAUUGAGAACAAGAUGGCAGCGCCUCAAAACUACGGCUGGGUCAUUAACCUUGGAAUGGGAAUCGUCUUCGUGUUGUUUUCCUCGAUAGGAAUUUUGGGAUACAUGUUCUGUCAGGAAAAAUGUCUGGGCAGUAUAACACUGAAUCUGCCCAAUGAAGGGUAGGUAUACACUGCGUGACCAAGGACGAACGCCAACCAAAUUUGGUUUUGUCACUUUCUCCUCCGCAGAGGUUCCAGCCGGGCAUCUCAAUAAAAAUAGCGAGCGCGCGGGCGACGAUGAGAAGAGAGAAAAGGCGGGAGCUUCUUCUCUUUCCCCAUCCCAUCGUCCCCCGCGCGCUUUCAUUUCUCCCUCUCCCCAGCCUCCCCACGAUACAAAGAGGCCCGUUCUGCGGUGAAGAGAAGUUUAGUCAGAUAAGUCGACUAUAGGUAAAUCUGACGUUUCGAGUAAUAAGCCCUCCAUAGCGAACAUGAAGAAUCUGCUUUCGGUAGCCAAUAACCCUCAUCUUAACAACUUGUGUUAAACCCACCCAGCUUUGCUGUCUCAGUGCUUAUGUAGAAACGUUACAAAUGUAAACACUUCCACUAUACCGUCCCAACAUUUCCAGAGAAAAUAGAUGACACCCUGCCAACGAGAUUGCAGGUUCCGUGGUGCUCUUCAUGAAAAUUUGGAACUUGGAUUUAGAUCGUCACCGAAAACUUACUAUACAGUUCUUCCCUCAACUCGCUAAAACCUUCACGCACCAUGAUCCUACCUCUCCCCCAGCCCCCACCCCAAGCGCUCCUCGUUGUUUUAAGAAGAGAUCCUUGCAAACAAAAGAAAAUCAUUUUGACGAGACUUAAAAAGGAGGGGGAGAUGUUUAGUUGGGUCUCCUAUAUCAGUUAUUUUCUUAGUGUUUUCCCUCAAACAACGCCAUUUCAACAAGAACGAGUUGAUUUACCGUUCACUCCGUUAACCUCUUUGGUUUUCUCUCUUUAAGAAUUUAUUUAGGAGUGAAACUGCUGUUUGCCAGCUGCAUUUUCCUGACGUAUUUUCUUCAGUUUUAUGUUCCCAUGGUGAUAAUCCAACCUGUGAUUCUUAAACACGUACCUGAGGAAUAUCAGGACGUAGCCGACUUCGCCAUCAGGGCGGCAACAGUGAUUUUUACUUGUGAGUANAGCUUCUUCUCUUUCCCCAUCCCAUCGUCCCCCGCGCGCUUUCAUUUCUCCCUCUCCCCAGCCUCCCCACGAUACAAAGAGGCCCGUUCUGCGGUGAAGAGAAGUUUAGUCAGAUAAGUCGACUAUAGGUAAAUCUGACGUUUCGAGUAAUAAGCCCUCCAUAGCGAACAUGAAGAAUCUGCUUUCGGUAGCCAAUAACCCUCAUCUUAACAACUUGUGUUAAACCCACCCAGCUUUGCUGUCUCAGUGCUUAUGUAGAAACGUUACAAAUGUAAACACUUCCACUAUACCGUCCCAACAUUUCCAGAGAAAAUAGAUGACACCCUGCCAACGAGAUUGCAGGUUCCGUGGUGCUCUUCAUGAAAAUUUGGAACUUGGAUUUAGAUCGUCACCGAAAACUUACUAUACAGUUCUUCCCUCAACUCGUUAAAACCUUCACGCACCAUGAUCCUACCUCUCCCCCAGCCCCCACCCCAAGCGCUCCUCGUUGUUUUAAGAAGAGAUCCUUGCAAACAAAAGAAAAUCAUUUUGACGAGACUUAAAAAGGAGGGGGAGAUGUUUAGUUGGGUCUCCUAUAUCAGUUAUUUUCUUAGUGUUUUCCCUCAAACAACGCCAUUUCAACAAGAACGAGUUGAUUUACCGUUCACUCCGUUAACCUCUUUGGUUUUCUCUCUUUAAGAAUUUAUUUAGGAGUGAAACUGCUGUUUGCCAGCUGCAUUUUCCUGACGUAUUUUCUUCAGUUUUAUGUUCCCAUGGUGAUAAUCCAACCUGUGAUUCUUAAACACGUACCUGAGGAAUAUCAGGACGUAGCCGACUUCGCCAUCAGGGCGGCAACAGUGAUUUUUACUUGUGAGUAUAAGCCUAUUAUAGUAUUCAAAGAGGUUCUGUUACGAUGAUAUUGCUGUUUUAAGCCAAUUCUGUGCUUAAGUAAUUACUGGGAGUAAAUGUAUUGACACCUAAAUAAAAUACUUUUUAUCUAUUUUAAUUGAUACUGUUUUUAAAGUAUGAAUAAACCACAAAAUCAGAACGUUUUCUCUACUUUUUCGCAACCAUAAAAUGAACGUGAUAUCCAUUUUGGGCCGUUUUACAGAGAGUAAUGACAGAUUUCCCUAUCCUUUCAUAUACUUCAACUAGUAAAAUCUCUACCCUUUCUUAUACCUGAAGCCUGAAAAAGGUACCCUUUUCGGGCGGAGCCUCUCGUAUAGGCCUUUAUAGGGAGUACCUCCCUGUAAUACUCUCUAGCUCUUAAGAAGACCUUAUAGUGUGUCCUCUCAAACGAAUAUUAUUAACAUAGUCCCAUUUUGAGUUUGCAAUCGCACCUUCAAUUCACGCGGGAAAAAAUGAUUGACAUGUGCUGUGUCGGGAGCGGCGUGAAAUAUCACUCACUGUCCUAUUGGUCAAUUGUCAUGACGUCACCGGUAGAACAUAUAUAACGACCAGUUUUGUCUCAUCAAAACCGUUUUGUUUUAAUUUCAGGUAUUCUGGCAAUCAGCAUACCCCAACUAGAUAAUUUUAUUUCAUUAGUCGGCUCUAUCAGUUGCUCAACACUCGCCAUUAUUUUCCCGGUGGCAAUUCACAUCACCACCUUGACAACAGAGGGAGAUGGCCGUGUUCCCACUGUCACUUUUUUCAAAGACGCCGCUAUCAUGCUCAUUGGUAUUCUAACGUUUCUGUUUGGUACCUACACAUCAGUGGCGCGCAUUGUUGUACGAUACCAGACUGGACACAACUAG